AUGCUAGUUAUCCGCGGUAUCGUUUCGGCUCUCUUCAAAGGGUACAAACGAAACAACGCCCAGAAGCUCGAACGCUGUCACUUAGCCUCUAGAAACAGUGGGCACCACUGCCAUCAUCGUUCAACACACAAAGCAUCCAAGACGACAUUCUUUUUGCAACUUGCCCGAUGA